AUGUUUCCAAGUAUUUCGAGCCCCUCCCACACACCUUGCACACUGUUAAUGUUUCCAUGGGAGCAGCCUCUGACCAAAAGAAAGGAAAUUAAGAAAGAGCGACUGGAGAUGCCUUUAGCGGCAAGCAGACUGGAGGUGCUGCAAGUGAGGAAGCUCAUUCAGUGUGUGAGGCAGCAAGACCUGCCACAGAUCACUAAAAUGAUUGAGCUAGGAGUCAAAGACCUGUUGGAUUAUCAAGAUCCUGAUACAGGGGAGAGUGCACUCCACGUGGCUUGUGCUCUCAACUAUGAUGCUAUAGUGACCAAACUACUGGUACUGGGUGCUAGUACAACUGUACAGGACAACAUGGGCAUGACUCCUGUGAUGACUGCAUGUAGCUAUGGCCACCAGCAAGCUAUGGAGGCUCUGGCUUCUAAAGGCAUCGAUGCUUCAACGCUUGACAAUAACGGUCAAGGACCUCUGUUCCACUGUAUGCACCCAACCAACCGCCACGUCAAGUGCAUGGCAUUCCUCCUGGAGAUUCAUAUGGAUCCAAACUCGAAGUCAGAGCAAGGCACUCCAAUACUAUGUGCUGUGUGCUCUAAAGGCCUGGACAAGCACUUGGAGAAGCUACUAGACAAAGGGGCCGACCCGAGCGCCAAUGACCCUGUCAAGGAGAAUAAACCAGCCAUUGUUUUAGCUGUUGAGGGCAACCACACAGAGUGUAUCAAGCUACUUAUGGUGUCAGGGGUGGACAAGAAUGCCGUGUAUGGGGUGGAAGGCAUGGGGGCCGUACACAGAGCGGCUGAAUUAGGGCUCUUUGAGUCGAUACAAACACUGUCUGCAUACGGAGCUGACUUUAGACUCUCUAUUAGCACUGGAGAGAACGCAAUGCACAUGGCCACUAAGAACUACAGGCUCCUCUGUACUAGACUCCUGGGACAAAGAGGUUGUCCGGCUAAUCAAGCCACUAAUGAGGAGGGGCUCACCCCUCAGAAGAUAGCCAAGACGGAGGGCUACAAGGACGCAAUGAAAGAGCUUAAGAAGUUGACCACGUUUCAAGACAAGGCAGAGAAAGGGGGCAAACCAAAGGGCUUUGCUGAGCCAUGGGCUGUCAGGCUGUAUGACUGGAUGGUGGUGAAUAAGAUAGCUGUGAUGGAUGUGCUCAGAGGACAAGAUGAAGAGAGGUCAGGGGUCAUUCCCUCAGACAAGUUUACGGAGGUCCUACAAGGGAUAGGGGUGCCUCUGCAAUCAGAAGAGUUUGAUAAGCUCCUCAAAGUCUACGACAAGAAGGGAGAGGGCAAACUCAACUACGAAGACUUCCUCACAGAACAGAAGUUCAUUCAUGCUCAAUACAAGCUCAAGCCUGGGGACGAUAUAAAGAAGAAGGCGAAGAAGGGCAAGAAAGGAAAGAAAGGAGGAAAGAAAGGAAAGGGUGGUGGCAAGACUAAGAUUCUGUUCCCCAUCUACUAUGAGCAGGAGCGAGCUCCCACAGCUGGAGUGCCUGGGGGAGUGAUUGAGAGGGAACAGUUUGUGACUGAUGUCCAACGCUUUCCCAGAGACUACUCUCUCCCACAUACACUAUUGGAUGACUCCCCCUGGUACCUUAUUCAUCCAGAGCGUCAGUAUAUGCAACUGUACGAGGCAGUUCGCCAUGGCAACCUGGAGUCACUACAGAGUGCCCUCAGUACUGGCCUGUCUGUUGAUUGCAGGGACAAGUACAACAAGACCCCUCUCAUGGUGGCAGCCGCUCAUGGCAGGAUUGAUGUCAUCAAGUACCUACUAGAGAAAGGAGCUGAUGUGAAUGCAUUUGACAAUUUCCAGUGGACUGCUCUGCAUCAUGCAAGUCAUGCCGGAGAGGAGAAUGUGGUGAGACUCCUACUAGAUGCUGGUGGCAACAUUGAUGCCCAGUCUGUGAAUGGAGGCACUCCACUCAUGAGGGCCAUAGAGACCUCACAGAGGGACAUGGUCAAACUGCUAAUGGAGAGAGGUGCCAAGGUGAUUCUUGAGAACAAGAAUGGCCACACUGCUCUGGAGGUGGCCAGGAACUGGGGAGAUGAGUACAUCUAUGCCAUACUCUAUGCCAAGUGUUCCUCCCUACCACCGCCAGUGGAGAAAAAAGGCAAGGAGAAAGGUGGUAAGAAGAAAGAUGGGGGGAAGGGUAAGGGAAAGAAAGGAAAGAAAGGAAGUAGUGACGACUCUCUGCCCAAGAUAUUACCGGGUCCUCCUCUUGAGCCCCUCCCUCCUCCACCUCGACUGCCCACCCCGGCAGAGUAUGUGGAGUCUGCCAGGAGGAGGUGCUCUAUAGGAAGCAUGCAGAGUUCCACUCUCAUCAGACCCUCACCCAACUAUAGGCCUAGACCAGCAUGGGUAUCAAGGCCCCCUUCAAUGCAAACCCACUUCGAGGUGCAGAAUAAAGCAAGAGAAGAGAGAGGAAUCGAGAGAACUGAUUUUGGGGAGAUGCGUUCACCAUUUCAACUGCAACUGUUAGCUAGAGCACAAGCACUUGAAGUUACUGAUCCUUAGUUUGUUGUUUUUGUACUAGUAUGUUUUUCACAUAAACUUGAUAAAGUAUCUCACACUCUAUAA